CACUGGAAGCUGCAUUUGGAAGGUUGAGUAAUCAGAGAGAGAGAGAGAGAGAUGUCGAGGACUUUGGAGAGGACCGUGUCACUGACGAACUUGAAGAAGCUGGGGCUGCGUGAAGCUUCGUUCUCGUCGUUGCCCAGCUUCGCGCAACAAGCACACGCCGCGCAGAAGCAGAGGGACGAGAUGUUGCAGCUCAGGUUCCCGGCUCGCGGUGCCAAGAAGCAGAAGACGGUGUCGUGGAAAGCGGGCACCGUGGACAACGAGCUCAUGCCGAAGAAGUGUUUCGAGAAGGAGUUCUUCUUCUCGCAGGACAUCUGGGGCUGAGCCGAGCUGAACCGAGCCGAGCGAGCGAGCUCCAUCGACAACGAGACUGCGUCUUCUCGCGGCCAAUGUCGAGUCUCCGAGCUAGACUUCGACCAUGGUUGCAUUCGCUCCAAGGAGCCGAGUCUGUGGCCUGUCCUCCUGUUCCUCGGGAAGCGUUUGACCUCCUCCUCCUCCUCCUCCUCCUCAUCGGCAUCAUCAGCACGACAUGACUCGCGAAUCGAGAAGGUCACCAUGAGGCUCGACGUCAAAUGUUCAGUCCUGCGAGCGAGCGAGCGAGCGACACCGAAGCUUCAGACGCUCGUCGCGAUGAACUCACCGAUCCGAAUUAUCUGGCACUUGAAAUUUGCACGAUGGAGCUUGCCUUCAGACUGUCGGAAUGCUGCGAGUAGAAAUUAGAGAGUAUAUUUGGUGGACUCGGCAUUUACGUCACGAAGCUGUGAACGAUUGCUUGCUUGCAGCUUACAUCGACUGACCUGCUGCGCGUCUCAUCAUGCGCUUCUAGAGUCAACUGCAAAUGCAAGUGCAGCCUGGAGCCUAUUCCAGGUUCACAAUGUGCCAUAGCUGUAAAUAUCAAAUGUAGCAUUUCAGAUCGAAGGAGUCUGGAACCACUUGCAAUUACAGACUUUCCCAUGUUUUAGUUUGGUGCGUAGUACAACUGAGAGCUCGUACAUGAGCGAUGGCGUAUGAGAGAUUUAUGCCAAAUGUUGAGUCAGGUCCAUAGAGUCAAGGACGCGAGUCUGAGAUAUGAAUGUUCA